AUGGCUUCGAAACAAGUUGAUCAGAAAUGUUCAGAAUUGCGAUUAGAAAAAACAUCAAUUAAUUAUGAGCAGUGGCGGCGACAAAGAACGUUAGAAGAAGCACUUCCAAUAACUCUAUUUAACAGUCAAGAAAAAACAACAUCGACACUCAAUGGAGACUUUUUAUGUGGCCAACGAUUGAUCGAAAUUCUUUUACGAAUGCAACGAUUAAAACAAGACCGGCAUGAGUUAAUCAAUCUGUGUAAACAAAGUUAUGAAAGUGAUCACAAUGAACUACAGAAAUUAGUUGAAUAUGAAACUAGUUAUGAAUCUCAUACUCCCGUUUGGUGGUAUACCAGAGAAUCAUGUCUUUUUAAAUUACUGAAUAAAGCUCUCCGGGUACAAGAUGUUGAUAUGUUAUUUUCAUUUCGCUCUUUUAUUCAAGAUGUUUAUCAACAGUUACAACAGUUACAUCAAAAUGAGCGAUCGACAAUAUCUACGUUUCGUUUUCAAUUAAUGAAAAAAGAUGAAAUAAGAACAAUUUCUCGUAAUCAAAAUCAAUUUCUUUCUAUUAACAGCUUCCUCUCAACUAGUGUGGAUGAAGAUUAUCCCCGAUUCCUAUUGGCAUCAGUUUUAUCCAAUCUUUCCAAUCCUCAAGAUGACCUUGAACCAGUUCUUUUGAAAAUAGUGAUUGAUCCAACUGGCGUAACAACAAGGCCUUAUGCUGAUAUAACACGUGAAAGUUUUUUUCCAAACGAGAGAGAAAUUUUAUUUUCAAUUGGAUGUAUUUUUCAAGUAAUUCAAUCGAGAAAAUAUGAUAAUUAUUGGGCCAUUGAUAUUCGCUUAUGCGAAGACAAUGAGAAUCAGUUAAAAGAAGCAUAUGAUUACAUGCAAAAAACAACUGAACGUCAAACAACAAUCGAAUCCUUGGCUAAAUUGUUAAGAGAAACAGGGAAGUACAAUCAAGCCAAAAAAUACUAUCAAAAAUUUUUAGAUCAAUCAGAUCCUGAAAGUAAAGAAGCUGGCUAUUCUUAUCAAGGGCUCGGACUAAUUGCGGAUAAUCUUGGUGAUUAUGAUCAAGCUAUUUUUUAUUUUGAGAAACAUCUUCAAUUACAUCAAUCUAGAGAAAAUAAUCAAUUUGAGAUAGCAAAUGCUAUGCAGAAUAUUGCUAUAUCGUGUGAUGCCAAAGGUGAUCAUAAACGUGCUCUAGAAUGUUAUCAGCAUGCAUUGGAAAUUAAGAAAACUCUGUUUGGUGAAGAUCAUACACAUAUUGCUGACCUGUACUAUAAUAUUGGAAUUACUUAUGGAGUUCAAGGAAACGAAAACAAAGCACUUGAGUAUUACCAAAAAGCUUUAGCGAUUUAUGAAAAACAACUACCUGCUGAUCAUCUUGAUAUUGCUAAUGUGAUUUCAAAUAUAGGAAGUUCAUUCCAACAAAAAGGCGAUUUCGAUGCGGCACUGCAAUCUUAUGAAAAAGCUCUAGCAAUUAAACUAAAAACUAUACCUGAAACUCAUGAAUACGUCGGACGAGAAUAUAAUCAGAUAGGACAUCUACAUCUUCUGAAAGAAAAUUAUGUUCUCGCACUAGAAUUUCUUCUCAAAGCGAAGGCUGUCUUCGAACAUCAAGCCUUACUUCCAACACAUGCUGAUGUCGUCGACAAUGAAGCAUUCAUCCAACAAGUCAAAUGCAAUCUUCAUUAA